AUGUCCAUCCUAGCUACCCACGCGUAUGUAUACAUCAACAAUAUAUCAUUCGGUGAUACGAUACGGAAACCUGGCAAUCAGACAUCUAAGAUAAAGUUCGAUCCUAUACGCAAUACCUCCGAUCCUGCCCGAUCCUGCCUGACUCUGCCCGAUCCUGUAAAUCGUCUAACCCCUGCGUAUGUCAGAAAGAAACUGGCCUCAAACAAUCCACAAAUUGGCCUUGAUUUAAAAGAAUUCAGGGGGUCGUCAGAGGAGAAAACCGUCAAACGUAUUUUGAAAUUCAUCACAGCUGAAAAUAUAACUGUUUCUCCCACACCUGCAUUCAUCAACCUUGUGAUACAUAGAAGUAACGCUUCAGACAGAACGUCAUUUAGCGAUGCCUACGUCUCUCUUCAAAUUAGCUAUGAAAUUCAGGAGGCAUUUGAAACAGAUUAUGACAGCGGGUGUCCGGAGAGUAAGCUCGUUUACAUGAAGGACAUUCUAAAUGUAUCUGUUCUGGAAAACUUUCAAACAUGUGGAGUGGACGCCAUCGAGAAAUAUCCGGACGUUUGCCGACAAUCUUUUUUGAGAUUGUUGGAAUUUCUGCGUGAGAAAAGAAAUCAUGAAAAGGCAAUUAAAAAACUUCUCACUGCAACCACUCUUUCAACAAAUGGAAACAAAGAGACACAGAUUAUGGCUGGAUUGGCACAUCACCUAUUUUCUCAGUUGGUACCAGGGAAGAAGUAUGAGGUUGAUGAAUAUGCAAAGCAACUUCCAAAGGAAUGUGGCUGUGGUUGUAAGGCCAACAUUUGUUCAGGAAACACUUCAGUUGGUAAGAUCAAUUUGAUUUUAUUCAUUGCACAUACAUUGUACAAGAUACUAGUAAGAGCCCAAAGAGCAAGUGAGCUUAUGCCAUGGUGCAGCGUCAAUCGUCCUUCCGUCCGGCCACCCUGUGUCAACUUUCCCUUUUGA